CUCUCCUCUCUCUCUCAUCACCAUCAAUAUCAUCAUCAACAUUUUCUCUCUCUAAACUCCUCCAUUCCCGAGCUCUCUCUCACAUCCACAUCACCACCACCACCACCAUGUCCAUAAACCUCCAUUCCCACGCCUUCGCCGGCAACCCCCUCCGUUCCAAGACCCCAAAAUCCGGCGACCCAUUUUCUCCUUCCCAAGCUCUCGGGACCCUCAAGACCCGCCUUCUGGAUAGCGGCCACGUGGCGGCUUCUCCGGAUUUCAAGGUCUUGCUGUUCAGGAAGGGGAGGCCCUUGGCGUCGUCGUCGGAGGGGAUUUGGAAAUUGGGGUGGAUUGGGUUGUGGGAUUGCAAGGAAUUGUUGGCGAAGUCCGGGGUUGAGAUGGUGGGAGAUUCUGUCGUUUAUCUGGGUUCGACGGCGGAGGAGGAUGUCGUUUAUUGGGCGGUUGAUGUGUCUGGGGAGAAUGGGUUGGUGCCUGAAUUGGGUGGUCGGAGGUCGUCGUUUGUGGAGCUUAGGACGUUGAUGGUGGCAACUGAUUGGGCUGAUGAGGAUGCCAUGGGGCAGUUGGCUAUUGCUGGUCAUGCGAGAGCCUUGCUGGAAUGGCAUAAUGUAUCGAAGUUUUGUGGGCGCUGUGGAGAGAAAACAGUCCCCAAGGAAGCCGGGAGACGGAAGCAAUGCUCAAGUGAUUCAUGCGGACAAAGAAUCUAUCCUCGUGUCGAUCCAGUUGUCAUUAUGUUAGUUAUCGAUCAAGAGAACGACCGUGCACUUUUUAGCAGACAAUCUCGAUUUGUACCACGAAUGUGGAGUUGCUUAGCUGGUUUUAUAGAGCCAGGGGAAAGCCUAGAAGAGGCAGUCAGGAGAGAAACAUGGGAGGAGACAGGGAUCGAAGUAGGAGAAGUCGUUUAUCAUAGUUCUCAGCCCUGGCCAGUUGGACCGAGUAGCAUUCCAUGUCAGCUGAUGGUUGGGUUCUUCGCCUAUGCAAAAUCACUUGAAAUAAAUGUUGACAAGGAAGAAUUGGAAGAUGCUGAAUGGCACAGUAGAGAGGAUGUGAAAAAAGCGUUGGUAGCUGCCGAGUACAAGAAGUCACAAAUAACUGCAGCUGCCAAGGUAGAACAGAUGUGCAAGGGAGUUGAGAAAGGACAGAACUUGGCUGCAGACUUCAAUGUCGAGAGCGGUGAACUAGCGCCGAUGUUCUUCCCAGGGCCAUUUGCGAUUGCCCAUCACCUCAUUUCUUCUUGGGCCUUUCAGGAUGCAGUGGGUGGUGGCCAAGCUCGUCUAAAACAACCUAGUGGUUCUUUCUCAAGUUUGUAGCACAGAUAUAUUCUUCCCAUUCUCAAGGCGAUCAAAAUCUCGAAAUUCAUGUUCCUGAGUUGAUCCUCCCUUUUCCAUUGUCAUGGAAAUGCAUUAUUAUACGUUUGUUCUUAGGAUGAUAGAUUAUGGUUACUUUCAAUAUAGCAAAUUUUCUCUUUUACUAAUCCGAUUAAUUCAUCCUUCUUGUAGUUUCUACAUCUCCAAUAUGGGAAAGAUCGCUUCCUUUUCUUUUUUUU